ACAAUAGACUAGCUGGAUAGUUGGACUCUGCUAAAGUGGUUAGGAGGGUCAUGAUUAUAUCGGGAGAACACAAGUCGGCUACUGAGCUCACUUGGCAGGCCAAGCUAAGUACUACUAUGUAAUACUGCUACCGCAUUUCAAUAUUUACGACCACCAUGCAGCAAUACACACAGCCUCAUCCUCGGUUUUCAGUUCUAUCUGGUUCAUCUCUUUCGUCAGUAGAACACCUUUCCCCAACCGCAAGUUCAACACGUUUCUCUUUACCUUCUGCACCAUCCAUAAACACAGCCAUUGGAACCCCAAAACCAGGCGUUAGACCUAAUAUCUAUGAUAGGAACCUUAAUAAAACCCGGACAUCAGAGGUCUCCGCCUCCGCGUUUGCCUUUCUUUUCUCUGAGGUCGUCCAAUACACGCAGAAGCGCGUAAGUGGAAUAAAUGAUCUCGAGCGCCGAUUGAACACCCUUGGUUAUCGCGCCGGAUCUCGAGUCCUCGAGCUCAUGGUCUGGCGGGCGGAGUCCUCGUCCAAAGCCCCAAAACGAGAAAUUCGGUUUCUACCUGCUCUCAUGUCCAUCCACACCCAAGUGUGGAGAGCGGUCUUUGGACGCCCCGCAGAUGCAAUAGAGAAGAGCGUCGAGAAUGAAGAUGAAUACAUGAUCAUUGACAAUGAUCCUCCGAUCGAACGCCACAUAUCGGUACCUAAAGAUAUGAACCAGCUCAGCUGUUCAUCAUUCACUGCUGGAAUUGUAGAAGCUGUCUUGGAUGGCCUAGGAUUGCCUGCACGAGUGACAGCUCAUCAUACCCCUACACAACAGUUUCCGUCGCGUACGACUAUACUUAUAAAACUUGACAAGUCUGUACUAGAAAGGGAAGAAAUCCUGAAGUGAACAUACACUGCAGUUUCCCAUGUUCUAUCAUCCCAUGACAAACGGUGUGGAGCUGCCUUUUACCAAUUCAUGCAAACUUAAUUUGAGGUCGUCAUCUUUCUGAUGU